AAAAGGUAAAAAUAAAAACAGUUCUUACCGUUAUUUAGUCAAUCCCGCCACUAGGUCGGGUCCAGGAGAGCAGCUCCUCUGACUGGAGUGCCUCUCUUCCCGUCACUUCGUUUCUUCAAGCAUAGGUGAGGCUCUUUUGUUAUUAUUCUUUCUUUCUUUUUUAUCAUUUUUCAAUAAAUUUUAAUUCAAUAAAAAACGGCGCGAUAUCACAUAUAUUGAAGAUUAACCAUUUCUCCGACUUUGGAACUGUUCCAUUCUACUUGGGAAAUUGAAGAAACUGUAGAAACAAGGACUUUCAAGUGGUCCUAGAUAUUGGAUAAUUAAAUGGGGACAAGAUGGAAAGGAAAGGGAUCAGAAGCCAAAGCUGCUGCAGACCCUAUGUCAAAGAUAAUCUCACAGCUUUGUUCUUCUCUAAUUCAAUUUGAUGCUCAUGGGUUACUCUCAGGAUGCAGUGUGCUUCUUGCAGUGGAAUCAGAGCAGACUGAGCUUCUAACUCGGGCGUGUUUUGGCCGACCCAUGAUUACAUCUGAGAAGGAUAAGCAAUGGUUUCAAUUGGGUAUCGAGGAAGCCUUUUAUCUGUCUUAUUCUCUAAAAUGCAUCAAAAUUGUUAGUGAAGAUAAUUGUUGUAUAAGUGACUUAGAAUUAUGGCAGUUCAUGAAGUCUCAAAAGCCAACUUUCCCUGACUUUUACAAGGCUUAUUCUCAUCUUCGGAUGAAGAAUUGGGUUGUCAGGCCAGGAUCCCAAUAUGGUGUAGACUUUGUUGCGUAUCGCCAUCAUCCAUCUCUAGUUCAUUCUGAAUAUGCUGUGCUUGUUUUGUCAGAAGAAGAUGCUAAUGCGAAUGGGAGGUUAAGAGUAUGGUCUGACUUUCAUUGCACGCUUCGGCUUUGUGGAAGUGUUGCAAAGACAUUAUUAGUUCUUGGCAUCAAUAAAAAUUGUCAUGGUACUACCUUGCCAUCGUGUCUCGAGAAAUACUCUGUUGAAGAGCGCACAUUUGCAAGAUGGAGUCCACAGCAAAGUCGUGAGAUCACCAAUGACUAAAAAUGGGAACCAACAGGUGCUCAAGAUACAGGAAAAGAGCUUCCAAGUAGAAUAUUGUUCCUUUAGAGAGGAUUGAUUCACCUCUAUAAAUCCAUAAUUCAAACCCCGUUAGUUCUCUUCUCUGGGUUCCUACACUAGCAAUAUAACUCGACUCCUACAGGUCACUCUUUAAUUAUCCCUUAAAUCCGAGGGCAUGAACAAGGCUGUCAUGUAUCAAUCUUGGGCAGGGUCUCUUCUUAAAUUUUCGUUUCCAUUUGCAUAUGCAGUUAUAAUGUCAUCUCUCAUAGAUCAUAGAGGAUCAACUUCUGGUACUUCUCAUUUGCCCGUUUGCUAUUGCUUAUCAGUAAAAAAGAAUAUUAGAGGGAUUACUUAAAUAUCAAGUGUAAUGAAGAGUAAAAAGAAUUAUUUUAUGCA